CACGCUCCCAAACGACCAUCGGUCACAAACCACAUACAUUCGUUACUCCCACCUGGCUAAACACGUUCUCUGGAGCUUCACUUCCGUCACUCGCUACAUCGUCCGGCUUCUGACAGGCAAGCGGUCCGUUCAAGCCGUUUCCCGAGCGUUGGGAAUCUCGGCGAGCAAGCACAGAGGGGACGCAUCAGCUUUUCGAGUCCAUCAUCAGCACUGCGCCACUUCGGCAUAUACCCAACGGCUCUGUUGAGUCUAUUCAUCGGCAUAAACAUCACUGCCUCUGAGCAUCCUUCCAUCUGCACAUCAUCGCCAUGCGGCCCUCGGACGUCCUCGCCUCCGUCCUCCUAUUCUCGACUGCUUGUUCAGCGUGGCCGAAAGGAUGGGGACAAAUUGAACAAAUCUACAACGAUCUGGCACAUGUGGAGAAACGACAGGAAAAGUUCGACUUGUCAUACACGGGAGUGCAGGGUAACACUGCCACUUCCACGGACGAAAACAAUUCUGAAGAGACGGGAAGUGAUCAAACAGCCAGCAUCACUGGAGACGAUGCGGAGGCGACGGCAACAGAGACUGGAGACUCGACCGACACUCGAAGGACAACAGGGUCAGGUCCUGCGAGGCAGACAGGAACACGGACAGGAUCAGGCGGCAAUAAAAACGGCACAGGGACACCCGCAUACGAUCCACGAUUGCCCGCUGGCGGCGUCUCGAUGAUCACACCCAAUGCGCUCACCUCGCAAUACUACAAGAUCAAGGACCAUGUCACUUUUGCCUGGAAUUACACCUCGCUGUCGGCCACGCCCUCUGCAAUCGAUGUGUUGGCAACGAUCGCAGGAAAGGACAAGCUGUACACCAUCGCGGAGAACUUGACGGUUUCAGAGACUCAAACGCUUGUGUGGGAUACCGGUGAAUUCCAAGCGAGCGCCACCGAGCCCUUGCUAACGGACAAAUAUACACUCAUCAUCUACGAUGCUGCAGGAGACAUCAGCCAGACUCCCAAGGCCGGGUACCUGGGCGUGAACAAGCAGUUUGUGUUUGGCAUGUACUCGCCUCAGCCUUACACUCCUAUCGCCGACUAUGUCUGCGCAACUUGCAGUGGCGCUUUGUCGACGUUUGAGAAACAGACCAUCCUUGCACUUUGCGGUAUGGCAGCUCCUAGUCUUGCGCGAACGAGUCUACGAGCACUCAAAACUCCAUCUACGACCAGCAAAUUCGCGUCCAUCUGCACAGCAUCGACAUAUGUCUCUCGGCGCAACCUCCACGCUGCAGCGCCACUCUAUCUCGACUUCCUAGCACCGUCAUGGCGACAGCAACCCAUCCAUACACCCUCGGUCCGAAGUCGAACUGCUGUCCGUCCCUCCCGCCCUGCCCAAUGUAGAACCCUCACCACCACACCCACCCGCCACGCCCGCACAAUCCUCAACCCCCGCAAAGACGACACCGGCGCAGAAAUGCUCAUAAACAUCACCCCCCGCGCCGCGCACCGCCUCCAAGCCAUUGCCGAAACCGACGCGAACCCCGACCUCGCGCUCCGCGUCGCCGUCGAGUCCGGUGGGUGUCACGGCUUCCAAUAUCUCAUGAGUCUGACGAGUACGAAAGAAGCGGACGCAGAGGAGGACACGGUGUUUGAGAAUGAAGAGGUGGCGAAUACGAAGGAUGGAGGCACGUAUAAGGCAAAGGUGGUGAUGGAUGAGCCGAGUUUGGAGCUGUUGAAGGGGAGUAGUGUGGAUUAUACGAUGGAGUUGAUUGGGAGGCACGAACGACCGAUGACUCAGUUCUACACUGCACAGGCGAUGGCAGAGACCCAUGACGAGCGUUCGUUCGGCAACUCUUGUGGACGAAGAGCAGAUGCAGCCCGUGUGAACACCGACAUGCCUCCGAACGACAAGCCUGGAGCAAGAAGCCGGACUGCCAGAUAG